AUGAAAAUUUGCCACUUUCGACAGUAUAAGAUUAUGGUCCAAACAGAAAAUCGACAAUCCGAUCAGGUUUCGCAGAUUAUACACAUGAAUUGGGCGAAGAUAGUGUAUGCGCUGGCUCCAAUGCGCAAGUAUGAAACCGCGAGCACUAGUAAGGAUGGCCAAAUUGAGAGAGUUGGCUAUGUUCUCUAA